AUGGAGAAUUUCUACAGAUGCUUGACCCAUAAAGGUUCAAGAUUAAAGCUUAAACCAAAUAUGGAAAACGAAUUAUACGCUGUACGAAUGUAUAGAAAGGCAUGUGAUAAUUAUAAUGUCAUUAUCGAUCAAGAGCAAGAACAACAACUUCAGCAGUUACUUAGUAUCGAUCAGUUAGAUUUAAAUUACUCAAAAUUGAAAGUUCUGAAAUAUUUAUUAAUAAAAAUGUCAUUUAUUAUGAAAUUAUCUAUCAAUAUAAGAGAUAUUGUUGAAUUACCAGAUAAAUGUAUCGCUUUUCGUGAAGCUCGAGAUGAUGGCGCAACAUUUAUUACUCGACAGUGGAUUGCAGAUAAAAUUCGUCGUAGUACGCGAUUUGUGACAGAAAUAUGUUACAAAGAAUAUGUUACACCAAAAACAAUCGAUAAUUAUCGUCAUAGGGAAGGACUGAAACCAUUUCAUGUUAUUCCGAAGCCCUUAAAAACCGAAACCCAUAUUUCGGAUCGAUUAUGGCUUUGUGAUUGGCUAAGAGACUGGACUCAAGAGGAUUUUCUCCAUCUCGCACCGUCGGAUGAAUUUUAUGUCUGGACUAUUCGCAGGCCAAAUUAUCAAAAUGAUAGAGUUUGGGCAAGAAGUAUUGAAGAUAUUGAAGACGAUAUAAAGAUAUCGUGA